AAGCCUACCCCAUAAAAUAAAUCACGACUUCCUAUAGAUAAAAAUAUGUUCCAAUAUUAGUCGCAAAAAUAGAUAUUUUCCAUUUCUAUCACUGAAGUUUUUCAAAAAAUUUCCUCUCGUCAGACGGUGAGAAAAUCUCUAGCAUGUGGACUUAAAAAAAACUAUUAUUAUCCGUUGGCGAGGUAAGCUUUUGGUACGUUUCAGUGUUAGAGGGAAUCCCUCAACGUCACCAAGGAUACCAAACACAACACGAGGCUCAAAUAUGGGCAUGUACGUCAGCGGAACUCCUAUCCGGGGCGGGGCGUGAAAUGUAGAAAUGCCUUGGUUUGUUGAGAUGGCUUCAUUCAUACGACACGACCCGCCGCUGCUCACCGUGUUAUAAACCAAAGCCCUCCGGUGCUCGGCUGAUGGACUAUAUGGACAUGAGAUAGCGCGCCGAGGAGCGGAGAAGGGAUGUACAGCUGAGUUUUUACGACGUUUCAAGAAGAUCGCUCUCCCACGAAACGCGGAGAACUGGAACUAACUUCUUCAUGCAACUUCUUUGGAAAGAAACCAGGACGAUCUCUCACGGGAAUAACAAAACGUUUUACAAAGGUGAUUUGGCGCACUCUCUGGUCACUGCAGGCGUCUCGUUCUCUUUCGGUCCCUGCGGGGAGAUGUACCAAGGGUUCCCCGGUGACCCCGACAGUGGAUCCCGUGGAAGCUCGUCUCCAUCCAUAGAGUCCCAAUAUCUGUCCUCAGUGGACUCCUUCGGGAGCCCGCCCACCACUAGUGCUCCACAGGAGUGUGUGUCAGCAGGCACUGGCUUGAGCAUUGUGGGUAGUGGGCCAGGAACAAGCGCUGGAGGUGAGAUGCCCGGAUCAUUCGUUCCCACUGUCACCGCCAUCACCACCAGUCAGGACCUGCAGUGGUUGGUGCAACCAACCCUCAUCUCCUCCCAGGCCUCUGGACAAAGUAGUUCCACCGGCACCACAACUAUGACCCAGCCAGUAUCACUGGUUGACCCCUAUGAUAUGCCCGGACCCAGUUUUUCCUCUGGGUCUGGUUACACUCCUUCAUCUUCAGAAGCUUCAGGGUCAGCACCUGGCCCAAUGCGCCAAUCCAGAACCCGCAGCCGCCGUGCCCGAGAAGAGUCUGUGAGUGAAGAUGGAGAUAUUUGUGUGUUAUUGACACCUGAAGAAGAGGAAAAGAGACGCGUUCGUCGAGAGAGAAACAAGCUGGCUGCUGCCAAAUGCAGAAACCGUAGACGGGAGCUCACGGACAGACUGCAGUCGGAGACUGACAUCCUGGAGGAAGAGAAAGCAGAAUUGGAAGCGGAGAUAUCAGAGCUGCAAAAAGAGAAAGAGCGUCUGGAGUUUGUCCUCGUGGCCCACCAGCCGAAUUGCAAGAUUCCAUACCAGGACCAGCCUCAGCAGAGUUCGAUGCAGCUUCCCCCGGUGCAGCCCCAGCUACCUACCCCAGCCUUACAGCCACCUGUUUCCAUUGUGGGCUUGACUGUGAAGGAAGACUCUUUCUAUAUGCCACCUGCCUACCCAACCCAUCCGGCCCCCACACAGCCCCAGCCUCCAGGACAGCAGCAGCAAGUCCAGCAGCCACAACCAGGAUUAAUGCAGGAGGUAGAGUUUUCUAGUUCUUUCUAUGGCUCAAGUGAGUCGGCACCUGGUGGGCCAUGCCUUAUGGCCAGUGACAGUGGUGGUGGUGUUAACCAUGACGAUGCGGCCAUUGGCAGCUACAACGCCUCAUACACAUCUUCAUUUGUGUUCACCUACCCAGAGGGAGCCUGCGGGGUCAGUGCCAACCAGCGGAACAGCAGUAGCGAGCAGUCAUCUGAUUCCUUGAACUCGCCCUCUCUGCUGGCGCUCUGAGCAACUAACACAUGACUAUACAUUUAACACACACACACACACAAGAUGAUCAGUGCAAGAAAAGGCUGAGACAUGUACAAUAGUACAGUAAAAGGAUGGAAGCACUCAGUCUCAGAUCUUGGAAAAAAAAACACCUAAUUGGAGCCAUGUUUACACCAUUUCAAUAACAAAUUAUACAAAAUAUACUCAAAUCAAUCCAACUUUUUGUUGUUGACCAAAUAAAUAAAGUUUUAUUUUUUAUUAAUGAGCAUACUGGCAACACUCCACGAUACGUGAAUGGAAAGUGAGUUAUACACGUGCUGUGUGUUGCCAAUUUUAAGUGCUUUUAAUUAUUAGAUAAUUCACAAUGAAUUCUUUGAUGCAGAUACUCUAUUGGAGUACAGUUUAACAUGCUCGUGCUUCACACCAACAAGCACAAGUGCCCCCACCUUGUUCCCUCUGUCGGUUGUCCUUUUGCUAGUGCUGUUGCUCUCAUCCGUUUCCAUUCUUUUCUCCCCUCUUCUUAUUGUUGAAUGUAUUUGUGAAAGUCUGAAAUAGGGAUGAAGGACAAUUUGUGCAGGGUCUUUUCUUGUGGGAGACAGACUGCUGAUCUCUCACUCACCUCUUACUCUUCACCUGCUCGCCUUCUCUCUGCUUCUUCAUUUGCUGCUUGGACUUGGCAAAUUCGGGAUCUCAGUGUCACAGCAUCCUCCGAGUCAUGUGCUUUCUUCUUUUGUUUAAAAGAAAAUGAAAAAAAAAUGUCUUCGGCUGUCUACCUGCCAUACGAACCAUCUCUGCCCAUCUCUGUUUUUUUUUUCCUCCUCUGUCUCUAUGUUCCUCCAACUCUUUGAAGUCUUCGAUUCCCGAGAGCCUCGAGAACCCGUCCAGCCCUUGGAACCUUGAGUGAAAGCCGACCAGACUAACAUGCCUUUUUGCGCCCUGUCUUUCAAGGAUAAGGACACACCUCCCAUAUCAGAGGAAGCUUUUCUUGGAGCUUGAUGCUCAGAUCACUUCAAUGACAUAUAGCUACAAUCUUAAAGCAUGCUGAGCCAUUUUACUUGUUGUUCAUGCAGUUAAGAAUACUUUUGAUCUGUUUUAACGCUGGAGAACAUUUGAAAAGAAACCAAGGAAGUUUAGAGGAAGAGGUGAAAUUCUGCUGAACUCUCAGUUGAGGAGGAUUCCUUUCUAAACAUUCCACUUUUGGGAUCUACUGUUGAGAAAAAGAAGCCAAAUAUGAAACAAAGCAAAAAAAAAAAAAACAGUUCUGUUCUUGCCGGCUGGAUUACAGACCUCAGAAAAAUUAUGUCAAACAGCCUCAAAACCACGAGUCUAUAUGCUUGUAUUCUAACUAACAGGAGUCAGAAAAAACUGAAGACUGCAGCAGCAACUCUUGUUUUUGGGUCAUAAACUAUCAAAUGUGAGUCGAUGCCUUUCUUUAGAGGAGGGACGCUAUGUGUUUUGGAUUUGUACUCCUUCAACGUAAAGGUUGAGACAGCCUCUAGUAGUUGGGCUCAGUGGCCUCUGUGCCUUCCUCAGUCAUCUGACAGGAGAUGAGGUGCGUUUAUUGUGAGUGUGUCCACUCGGAGGCACCGGGCCCGUUUCUUUCUUUCUUUAUGGAGGUUGAUUUGGCGAGUGAGCACGCAGAAAGACAAAAAGAGGGGAACGUGUGGGCUAAUUAUUGUGGAGCGAGCGUCCUAUCUUUGCCUGUGAAAUUGUACAAUUUGUUUUUUUCUGGACGUUUGAGUGAGACUUGUUAUAUAUUUUUAUUGUUUAUUUGUUUGUAUGAUUCACCGUUUUGCAUUGAUCUCUGCUUUCUCCUGUGCUGUUUGCAUUUCUUGUAUUUUUAUUUUUUUAAUCUGCUGUUUUGAAAGACAGAUUUCCAAAUAACUGUUACUAUUAGUACUGCCUUGUACUUAUUGUUUCAUUAUUUUAUUGUAUUUUGAUUUGGCAACUUUAGAGGCAUGUUGUGCACUACAAAAAAUAUACUGUACACUUACACACAUGUACAUCUAUACAGGUAGCAUGUAUAUGAAUAAGUGUAUGUGCCAUGAUUGUAAAGUAUGAAUGUCUGCAGACAGAAAUGGAAUAAUUUUUCCAAUGAAGAGCAAAAGUAAAAAGAAACAAUAUUUUUUCUAGAGGACCAAAAAUGUUUUUAAAAAAAGAAAGAAAGGUUGAGUUUAAAAGUACAGCCCAAUUCCUGAACAUGAAGCACGACGUCACUGCCUCUGUCAAUGUGUAUUUAUGUUUUAUUAACAAUAUAAAGCGCUAUCCAAGUUGCAUUUAAAGUGUUUAUUAUGAUGAUUUCAUGAGGUUGUGGUAAUGCCUUUGUUUGAGUUGUUUGUCGCCUGUGAGGUCUGUCCAAAAGCUACUGACACCUUGAUGCCACUUGAUCCUAUUCGGAAAGUGUGGAGAAAACAAAGUCAUCCAGUGAUUGAAUGUUACCAUUAAUACUUUUCAAGUGUUCAGAAGACAACAUAAUUUCUUACCUGUGGAAAAUUUCCCUGCAAAGUUUGCUUGCUACCAGCCAAGUGUGCUCAAUAGAAGCAUUUUAAAAAGAAAUGUGUGUUUGAAGGAGAUGGUUUCAGCUUUGGCUGACGGACCAAUCAAGUUAAUUCAUGUUUGCACUUGAGAAAAUAUGUUGUCUUUGAGUUUAAAAAAUGUGAUUGUAUUUGCUGAAAAAAAAGCUUUAUUUUCAUGAAAUAAACAUCCUGAAAAUGUUUUAUUUUUUCUAAAAGAAUACUAUGAAUGCUUGUUCCAAUGUGGCUCCUGGUGGUCAGAAAAUGGGCAGACCUCUGUUUAAAAAAACAAACAAAAGCAUCUUAAAUGACAACUGUGCUUUUACAAAUGGUGGAAGUGCCUUUUCACUUCCUCCACGUCAAAUUGUUAAAAAUAAUAUCUUCUAGUGUCAGAAUAAGCAUAAAAUAUAAUCAACGUUCUCAUGUACAUAGAUUUUUGUGGUGCUACUUAUAUCGAACUGCGAUGAUAAGGCAUUGCCGCAUGGAAUGAUGGUGUCUGUCAGCCAUUACCAAGGCUGGAAAUGAAUGAAAAUGGCUGCUUGACUUUGAAUAGAAGCUAACAACAGUAAAUUGCCUUUAGCAGAAGCUCUGAGAACUCAGUAAUCAUGCUGUGGUUUCCCCACAGACAAUUUCAGUUGUCUGCAAAUCUUUCAGUGCGAUAAACUGACCUUAAUGAGCCAUGAAGUGUAUCUGUACUCCACUCUCAAGUCCUGCUAACCUCUAAAUACGUUAUCUGAUUUGUUUCUCUAAACUGUCCGUUUUAAUAUCUGUUUGAAAACAAACAAAAGUGCUACAUUGGAAAUGGUGUAAUAAAAUAAAUCAACGUUGAAUAAUGUUAUAAGAGAGAGGACCUGCCUGCAUCCUACAUGUACUGUACAAUGGCUGUAAUCGUGCCAACUGAAAAGAGCUUUUACUAUUUUUCUAUGAUGAGGUGAAUGUAACAUGUCUUUAUUUUUCCACUGUUCCCACAUGAGCUCGGAGUUGGCAUUUUUUCUGUUAUCACAUGCAAUACUUAAAAUCCUCUUGGAUGAUCAUCAUGUAGCAAAACUUGCAGUUACUGGACUCUGCUACUAUUAUGUCAAGUGUGACCAUGUAUUUCUUUGCUUUUGUUACACUUUUGAAAGCUAACCUAAUGUUUAAAAUCCCAUCUGUUUGGAGGCAAUUAUUGUCAGAAACACAGAUAAAGAUCAAUCUUUGAAUUUGUUGAUGAGGGAUAUUGAUGCCAACUCUAAAAAGAGGAUUUAUAGGUCAAUUUUUUCCCACCAAUAUUGAGUCAUUUUAUCAAGAACAUAGUUUACAAUUUUGCUCCCAUGAAUUUCUAAAAAAAA